AUGGAGACGAACGGGACCAGGUGUGGCGAGCAGAUCCUGAGCUACGGCCGGGUGGAGAAAGUCCUGAUCGGCGGAGUCCUCACGAUGCUCACGCUGAUCACCAUCUGUGGGAACUUACUGGUGGUCAUCUCCGUGUGCUUUGUCAAGAAGCUGCGACAGCCGUCCAACUAUCUGAUCGUGUCUCUGGCCAUGGCAGACCUGUCAGUGGCUCUGGCCGUGAUGCCUUUCGUCAGUAUCACGGACCUGAUCGGCGGUCAGUGGAUUUUCGGACAGUUCUUCUGUAACGUUUUUAUCGCCAUGGAUGUGAUGUGCUGCACCGCGUCCAUCAUGACUCUGUGCGUAAUCAGCAUUGACAGGUAUUUGGGCAUCACAAAACCCUUGACGUAUCCUGUUCGGCAAAACGGCUGCUGCAUGGCAAAGAUGAUCCUGUCAGUGUGGCUGCUCUCUGCCUCCAUCACCCUCCCCCCUCUGUUCGGCUGGGCGCAGAACGUCAACGACGGCAGAGUCUGCCUCAUCAGUCAGGACUUUGGCUACACCGUCUACUCCACAGCUGUGGCCUUCUACAUCCCCAUGUCAGUGAUGUUGAUCAUGUACUACAGGAUCUUCCGAGCGGCCAAACUCAGCGCUGCGAAGCACACUAUCACCGGCUUCCCCAGAGAAGAGGACUACGAGGAGGAGAGUUUGGACUGUGUGGCGGCUGCGUUGAAGCUCCAGCGUGAGGUGGAGGAGGAGUGCAGCACACGUGUCUCGCGCCUCCUCAAGACUGGCGAACACCACCAACGCAGGAAGAGGAAAAACCAGUCCAUCUUCAAACGGGAGCAGAAGGCGGCGGCCACUCUGGGUAUCGUGGUCGGUGCCUUUAGCUUCUGCUGGCUGCCCUUCUUCUUGGUGUCCACCGCCAGGCCGUUCGUGUGCGGCGUAGAGUGCAGCUGCGUUCCCCUCUGGCUGGAGAGAACUCUGUUGUGGCUCGGUUACGCCAACUCCCUCAUUAAUCCCUUCAUUUAUGCUUUUUUCAACCGUGAUCUGAGGACCACCUACAGUAACCUCCUGCGAUGCCGCUACAGGAACAUCAAUCGGAAGCUGUCGGCGGCUGGCAUGCACGAGGCUCUGAAACUUGUGGAGAAGCCAGACGCUGAUGUAUAA